UGCUUUUGCACAAUUUUUCCCCUUCUUCCUUAUUUUGUCUUCGUUUUAGGAUUAUUGUUAUUAUUAUGAUUAAUUUUGCUUUUAGCCUUUUUAGCUAUAUUCAGAUUGGUGUUACUUGGUCUAGGGCUAGUAAUCAUUCGUAUUCAGAAUAUGAGAGGAAGCUUCAUUAAAUUGAUGGAUUUGUUAAUGUUUAUAACUUUUAUCAUAUAAGAAUUUUGCUUCUGAGCUGUGAUCUUAAUCCUUUCACUAGAAUUUGAUUGGAACUCGAGCUGCUGUUUUUUAAUCUCCCUCUCUUCUGCUGUGAAGAAGAGAGCGGGAGAAAAUGGAGUUCGAGACGACCAGCAGUUGGAUGUGGGAUGGGGUGUAUCACUACCCACACUUCUUUGGCGGUAUAAUGUUAACGGCUGCCCUAUUGGGAUUGUCCACUAGUUAUUUUGGUGGAAUUGGGAUUUCUUCUUUCCCCUGUAUGUGUUGGGAUCUUCGUAUUUUCUAUAAGAAGAGAUGUGAGAAGAAGACGAAAAACAUUCGCGUUUACAUGGAUGGUUGUUUUGAUCUUAUGCAUUAUGGCCACGCCAAUGCUUUAAGGCAAGCUAAGGCUUUGGGUGAUGAAUUGGUGGUAGGUGUUGUCAGUGACGAGGAGAUCAUUUCCAAUAAAGGUCCCCCUGUUUUGCCCAUGGAAGAGAGGUUGGCUCUUGUCAGUGGGUUGAAGUGGGUGGAUGAAGUCAUAGCCAAUGCUCCAUAUGCCAUUACAGAGCAAUUCAUGAAAACUCUCUUCAAUGAGCAUAAGAUUGACUAUAUCAUACAUGGAGAUGAUCCUUGCUUGCUUCCUGAUGGAACUGAUGCUUAUGCCUUGGCCAAGAGAGCUGGACGCUACAAGCAGAUUAAACGUACAGAAGGAGUCUCCAGCACAGAUAUUGUAGGAAGGAUACUUGCUGUGAAUGAUACAAAAGUUUGUGAAGAUCCUGAUGAUAAAUUGUCUUCACCUGGAGAUUCCUUUAAUGGACAUCAAUCCAAUAGUGCACAUGUAUCUCAAUUUUUACCUACAUCUCGCCGAAUUGUGCAAUUCUCAAAUGGCAAGGGACCUGCACCAAAUGCUCGUGUAGUGUACAUUGAUGGGGCAUUUGAUCUCUUCCAUGCUGGACAUGUGGAGAUUCUCAGGUGCGCUAGGCAGCUUGGAGAUUUCCUGCUGGUUGGGAUCCAUACUGACCAGAUUGUCAGUGAACACAGAGGGAAGCACUACCCAAUUAUGCAUCUGCAUGAGCGAAGUCUUAGUGUGCUGGCUUGCCGUUAUGUUGAUGAAGUCAUCAUUGGAGCACCAUGGGAGGUUUCCAAAGAUAUGAUUACAACUUUCAACAUUUCUUUGGUUGUGCAUGGAACUAUUGCAGAGUGCAACUCCUUGUUGGCUGGCACACCUGAUCCUUAUGCAGUUCCAAAGAGCAUGGGACUUUUCCAUAUUGUUGAAAGCCCUAAAAAUAUUACUACCACUUCAGUGGCUCAAAGGAUAGUCGCCAAUCAUGAGGCUUACAUGAAACGCAAUGCCAAGAAGGCAGAAAGUGAGAAGAAGUACUAUGCAGCGAAGGUCUACGUAUCAGGAGAUUAGUGAAUAGACAAGUUUCAGUUUGAUACAUUUCAUCCUGUAGCCUUAACGUCCCAUAGAAAUACCCAAGACAGGAGUCUCAUAAUUUUGUUAUAGGUGUGUGAAGGAGAUGAGAAUGAAGCAAAUGAAGCUUAUUAUUUUUCUUUUUCUAAUUUUCUUUUUUAAAUCUUCUCAUUUGAUGUAUAACGUUAUUUGGGCAUAGGCCAACCCUAGUGUUGUAGCAAAUGUUGAAAUUGUUGGAGGCGUUUGAAACUUUUUCACUGUGUUGAAACGA